CCAGCACCACCACCCGCCCAAGCCAUCAUCUGUCCAGAACCGCCAUCCCGAAGCCAUGCGUCUCCGAUGCCGCUCGUCCAAAGGUGUCCACGCCAUCGGCGCUUCCCUGGGCGCUAGCUCUACGGUGCUCGAGCUCAAGACAGAGAUAUGCGCCAUCGCCGGCAUCGAUGCCGCUCGUCUUCAGCUCAAAAUGGGAUUCCCGCCCAAGCCGAUCAGCAUCGCAAACGACAGCAUCACCCUUGCAUCGCUUGGGAUCAAGGACGGCGAGCAAGUAAUUGCAGAAGAACUUCCGACAGCAUCGGCAGUAGAGCUCCCACAGCCAUGGGUAUCGCAAGCCCAGAGCGCCAGUCCGUCCCAGCGCCUUCAUGUUCAGGCGCCAUCGGGCUCAAACGUGACCAAGACGGCAGCGGGCGAGGGUAUCCGCUUGCCUGAUGGAAUUGUGUUAGUAAAGGAGAUGAAGGACGACAACAACUGUCUAUUCCGAUCGAUCAGUUACGCUAUGGAGGGCACUUCGGAGCGAUAUCCAUUACUCCGCAAGGUCGUUGCCGAUGCCAUCAUCGCAGAUCCUUUCCGUUGGAACGAGGCCAUAUUGGGCAAAAGUCCCCACGACUAUGCAGCUUGGAUACAGAAGCCCCAGAGCUGGGGCGGAGCCAUCGAACUCGUCAUCCUCUCUGAAUACUAUCAAGUUGACAUCAGCUCGAUUGACGUAUCGACUGUGCGAGUCGACCGAUUCGGAGAAGGAAAAUACUCCAACCGAAUCUUUGUGCUCUACAGCGGCAUUCACUACGACGUAAUCGCCAUGUCCCCUGCGGACAAUGCACCAGAAGAGUUCUUCACCCGAACAUUCACCGAUACUGCAGAACUCGUUGCCACGGCGGCCGUGCAACUGGCCCAGAUCUGGAAAGCGAAACGCAAGUUCACAGACUUGGCCAACUUUACCCUUCGCUGCAGUGUAUGCAAGAUCGGUCUCCAUGGUCAGAAGGAAGCACAGGAUCACGCCACCAAGACAGGACAUACAUCCUUCACCGAGUAUUGACCAGCGUGUUGUUUGGCGCCGGCAAGUGACUGUCUCGAUUGCCAUCGACGAUGAGCAUCGGGGAAGCACACAGGACCAAGUGGCUCUCGCAUCGUGUACAAAUGCCGAUACCUUGCCGUAAGAACCCCUUCUGUGUGCCAAUAAACCAAUCCGCGCUUCAACAGCACUGACGGCCGCACCUCCGGCCGCACCUCCGGCCAUACGCUCUCCGCACAUGCGUCCGCAAGUUGGCACCAUAGCCGACCCAUAUCCG